AUGAAAAACAUGACUGGUUCUCCCAAUGAAAAACAAAGAAGAUGCGACUAUUGUGGGGAAUUCAUAGCUCUUCUAUAUUGCAGAGCUGAUUCUGCAAAGUUAUGUUUAUUCUGUGACCGCAAAGUUCACUUUCCCAACCAGCUUUUCUCCAAGCACUCGCGUACUCAGCUCUGUGAUGGGUGUGGUGAUUCCCCUGCAUCGGUUCUCUGUUUCGCUGAGAACUCUGUUUUGUGCCACUACUGUGAUUGCCAAAUUCAUAACAACCACUUGCUGUCUCAGGAACACCAACGGAGACCCCUUGAAGGGUUCUCUGGCUGCCCUUCUGUGACUCAGAUGUUAAUGAUUCUGGGUCUUACUGAAAAAUCUCUACAUUCAACUGAGGGCGGAAGUUCCCAUGAAGAUGGCCUUUUCGAUUCCCACAUGUGGCAUGCUCCUUCUGUUGUUGGUCUUGAAUAUUUGAUUGCUUCCUCAGCUUCUUCUCAUAAGAAUCGUAACGGUGCGUGCGGGAGUAAGAAAGAAGAAAUUCUGAGUCAGCUCCGUGAACUAAUAAAGAUGGAGCCUGACUUCAUUCAUGGAGAAGUAGAUGCUGACCGAGAACUGAAAAUUGAAAAUCUGUCUACUGAUUUUGAACGUAACGCAGAGGCUAAUAUGUUUCCUUCAUACGAGGCAGGUGUGUUUUGUUGGCAUGGAGAAAGCAGUGAUCGUGCAAAUCAAAUUGUUCCUUCUGAUACCUCAAUGAAUGAUUAUAACGACCUAAUUUCAUCUAAAGAUCCAAGUUUUAGCAUCCCUGCAACUCACAGCUAUUGUAACAACCAAGGAAAAUCAUCAAUUUAUUUCAUGGCUGAAAACUCAUCCCCUACUCCUAAAGCUACUCCUUAUGAGUUAACAAGUCAUGAAAGAGAUUCAGCAUUACUGCGUUACAGAGAGAAGAAGAAAACAAGAAGGUAUGACAAGCACAUCAGAUACGAAUCACGAAAAGUUCGGGCAGAAAGCAGGAUGAGAAUUAAGGUUCACCUGAAUAUGACCCUCCAAGGAGAUAAAGGAAAGUUGAAGAGCUAA